AGUCAACUUAACCAUGACUAAACUCAUUGUUCUUCUCAUCUUCACCCUUUUCAUCUCCACAACAAUAACCAUGGCUUCAGGUGGCCGAUACAUUCCGACCGAUGACGUCAUCAAACACCCAGAUAUGUUCUUCUCUAACGACCGCGGCUACCUAAUCCCGGGUCUUGGUCGAGGGAUUAACCCCGAGUCCAAGAAAGGGUUCAACCCUUUCACUUACAAUCCUAUUACUGGCAGUAACAAUGGAUUCCCGGACCUCCCUACUUUUGGUGGCGGCAGCUAUAUGCCAGGCCGUGAUGGUGAUGACGUAUCGGCCCCGGGUCCAAGCCCUGAAGGGAGUGGCGGGUUUCCUUGAAGGAACCUCAACUCUAUACAUCCAAGUCUAGAAAGGAACGAGCAUCGAAAUAUGACAAUAAUUUCGUUCGUUUAAUUUGUUUGUCUUUGUACUUCCAUGAUUCAAUAAGAAUGUUAGA